AUGGCAGAAGCUGAUGCUAGUCAAAUGAACAACAUGAAGGAUGCAGGCAUUAGCAUACCCCAUAUAUAUGCUAUGUUAGCUAAUCAAGCAGGUGGUUAUGAAAAUGUUAAUUAUACCUUAAGGAAUAUGUAUAAUGAGAUUGCUAGGCGAAGGCGUCAUGUCCUGGGUGAUGCUAGAGCGGCAUUGCGAUACCUCAAAAACCAGAAAGCUGAAGAUACAAGCCUCUAUUAUGAGCACAUAGUUAAUGCUAAAGGGGUAUUGCGAGCUCUAUUUUGGUGUGAUGGAAGAAGCCAAUUAGAUUAUGGAGUAUUUGGAGAUGUGCUUGCCUUUGAUGUGACAUACAAGAAGAACAAGUACUUGUGUCCGGUAGUAGUGUUUUCCGGUGUGAAUCAUCACAACCAAAUAGUGGUAUUUGGAAGUGCUCUAGUUACCGAUGAGAGUAAGGAGGUCUACGUGUGGUUAUUACAGCAACUAUUGGCAGCCAUGAAGGGAAAAGCACAUAUAUCUGUGAUUACAAAUGGUGCUCCACCAAUGAGAUUUGCAAUUGAGACGGUAUUUUCAAAUGCCCAUCAUAGAUUAUGUGCUUGGCACCUCAUUCGGAACGCCACAAGUAAUGUUGGAAACCCAAAAUUUACAUCUAUGCUCAAGAAGUGCAUGCUUGGAGAUUAUGAGAUUAGUGUGUUUGAGCAGAAGUGA